UGCUAGUGACGCAAUCCUUACCUUUGACCUCUGAUAUCUGCUGUGUUCCUUACCACCUGGUGGUGAGUGGUUAUUGAUACUGUGUUGCAGGGUGAGCAGAGUGUCGGUGCCCUGUGUGGAACAUCAUAGAAAUACCUAUAUAAACAUAUAGCAAGUAAGCUGUGUGCCUCUCAUUGAGCUGGUGAACCGUAGUCAAAGUUUUUCUGUUGCCGAAAUGAAGGUUCUUCUGGUGUUUGAUUUCGACCACACUAUAGUUAAUGAUAAUAGCGAUACUUGGAUUGUCCAAUGUGCUCCUGAGAAAAAGCUUCCAUACGGGCUACAAACCACUUACGAGAAAGGAAAAUGGACAGAAUAUAUGGGAAGGGUGUUUACUUAUCUUGGAGAACAAGGAAUAAGAGAAGAAGAUAUGAAAAGGAUCAUGAUUGACAUACCUUAUACACCUGGAAUGACUGACCUGCUCCAGUUUAUUGGCCACAACAAAGACUAUUUUGAUUGCAUCAUCAUUUCCGAUUCGAAUACAAUUUUUAUUGAUUGGAUUCUAACUCACGGCAAUGUUCACACGGUAUUCGAUAAGGUUUUUACAAAUCCUGCUGCUUUUGAUCCACUUGGAAAUCUUACUGUACAAAAUUUUCACAUCCAUCAUUGCACCGAAUGCCCAAAAAACUUGUGCAAGAAAAAGGUGUUGGAAGAAUUUGUAGCCAAACAAGCAACCAAGCAAGUGCAGUAUUCUAAGAUAGUCUAUAUUGGGGAUGGUGGAAACGACCUCUGUCCCGUAACCUUUCUUAAGAAAGGUGACAUUGCAAUGCCUAGGGAAGGUUAUGCACUUCAGAAGCGAAUAGCAAAAGAUAUUGAUUUGAUUGAUUCUUCCAUAAGUGUAUGGUCAUCGGGCAGUGAAAUAUUGUCUCGAUUAAAAUCUCUGUUAGACAAAUAAAUGGAACCUUAGCAAGAUAGAGUAUCCUGGUAAAAUCUGCCCCCUUUGAAUUUUGAGUCCAUAUUAAAACUGAUCUGUAGCAUUUCAGCUUUAUUUUUGAAUCCACUACUUAAAAGUAACUUCAUUUUGUUUUUAACUGAUACUUUUUCAUAUUCCAAUAAUGAUACUCUAACAUUACCACUAGCUUCUGAAAAAGCAUGGACAAGGCACUUCAUGCAAAUUUAUAUUGUGUUCCCUUUCAUAUA